AUGGACUGCGGCAUGUGGUGUGUGUUCAGCGAGCGGCGGCGGCACGUCGAGCGCCUCUGGCGUCGUCGUCUCCUCGUCACUUCCGACGAGCGACGCGCGCGUCGUCGAUUCCUUCGAUUGAUGCGCGGCUUCGACGCCGAAGACGUUGAGGUCAUCCGGAAGGCCGUCGAGUCGGGCGGCGUCGACUCGAAGGCGUGCGCGCCGGGACCGCCGAUGGACGAGCGCGUCGACGAGGAUCCGCCCGACGAGGACUCCGGUCUGAUACCGCAAAUCGAUCGACCGAUGAGUAUGCCGUACCUGUGCUGCAAAAUGUGGCGCUGGAAGGACCUUCAGGUCGACGCCGCGCUACAUCGCCUCGAAGCGCUGCCGUGGUGCCGAUUCGGAAGAGUGACGAUCAACAACGCGACCGUCUCAUGCUGCAAUCCAUACCACUACGCGCUCUGGAUUCGUCCCGAGAUCAGCGGCGGCGACGAGGACAACAUGUCGGAGAGGAACUCGAUGCAUAACAACCAUCAUCGAUCGUCAAUUAUUGGGAAUGGACAUAUCACUUAUAGGAAUCGAGAUCAUAUCCACGAACACGAAAUGAGUCGGCCGCCGGCCAAGGCGCUCGAGAUACCUGAUCGACCGCCGCCGACGAUACCCGCCGCCGGCACACCGCCGAUACCCGACGACUCGCCGCCGUGCACCUCGCGCAGUUCGACGGAGCCCGAUCUCAUCCAUUAUCAUCAUGGACACGCCAAUCAUUCGUGGGCGAGACUGACGCGAUUCGAGAGGAAGGAGCAGAUCGGCGAUCCGGUGUUCCUUCACGGCGGCUUCGUUGCCGUCGGCAUUCUGUCGAAAUCGGUGCACGACGCUCAACCGGAGUGCAGUCAAUGGGAUCUUCGGAAUGAGGUGUCUUUUGCGCUCAUCCGACAAUCCGAUCCGAUCGGAUCUGACAAUCCUGAAGACGUUUGGCUAUACAACAGUGGAACUCGUCCAUUAUUUCUCUCAAUGUCGGCGACAUCGACGAAAGACACUCUUCGACGAUUGUCGCCGGGUUACUGUAUACGGGUACAUCGCGGCGAAGCGACCAACUCGAAUCCAGCCACCGAUCGAUCGAAAAUGCGAAGGCCGAGUCGUGACCCGGCGCUCGUCUCCAACGAUCUCGUGAUAUCGGUCGGCAAAGGCUGGGGACCAAACUACUCGCGACUCUAUCUCACCGACAUUCCGUGCCGCUACGAGGUUUCAUUCGUGUGA